AUGGGAAAAAAUAAACAAAAAGAAAGUCGGGUUGCAAUUAACAACCACAAUGAUAAUGAUAGCAAUAACAGUGGUAAUAAAGGUUAUGAUGAUUGUAAUAAUAAUAAUAUAAUUUUAAUAAAAGAUGUUCGUGAUACCUUGGAUAUUUAA